AUGCCACUCUGUCUCACCUUCAUCGACUUGAAGAAGGCCUUUGACUCAGUUGAGACGGAAGCGGUCGUGGAAGCCUUGGACAACCAAGGCGUCCCUACUCAGUACAUAAAGGUACUUCGAGAGUUGUACAAUAACUUCACGACCGGAAUUCCGCCAUUCCACAAGAACAUCAUCAUUGACGUGAAGAGGGGGGUCCGACAGGGUGAUACAAUUUCACCCAAAAUAUUCACAGCCACCCUCGAGAACGCAAUGCGAAAGUUGGAAUGGGACGACAUGGGAGUGAAGGUGAAUCUGCAAAAGACGAUGUUCAUGCGGAACGGGUGGGUCUCGGAUGCCCAAUUCACGCUCAACGGAACGAACAUAUCCGAAUGCACCAGCUACGUUUAUCUGGGUCGGGAAUUGAACAUGAUGAACGACCUGACCCCCGAGCUGGGCAGGAGGAGAAGAGCGGCUUGGGGAGCGUAUAAGAGCAUCGAGGAUGUAGUGAAUAAGACUAGGAGCACCCGCCUCCGUGCUUACCUCUUCAACACCACCGUACUUCCUGCUUUGACCUACGCUAUCGGAAACCUAGGCAUUUCGCAAGCAGGAAGAAAACGCGUGAGGGACGGGAUUCGAAGUUCUCUCCCACGUCAGCGAUCGAAGAUUAAAGACGCCGCCACGUUUGCCAAGGAAAGUAAAAUAAGAUGGGCCGGACACGUGAUGCGCUUUAACGACAAUCGUUGGACCAGAGCCGAGAGCGGCUGGGUCCCCGCGAUAUUGAGCGCACUACACGAAGACCGCCGACCCGAUGGUCAGAUUUCUUCACGAAGUCCUUCGAAGGAACUUAUGAUGCUCUUCGGUCCCGCGCGAAAGGAGGAACCACUGGGCGAUUAUGGUACGCGAUUGGGACAAAUGGAAGAACUACUGGCGCCCGCUCGACCAGUUCGAAGAUCAACGGGAGUCAAGGUGAUCAAGAUGAUCUACCAUACACACACUAUACACACUAUACAAGUCUCUGGUGUAUCAAUCCAUUUGGGAUCCGUCAACGCGUUUUACUGCGUUUCGUAA